AUGAGGCUCCUCACACGCUGGUCUCCAAACCAUGCAUCCCUCUAUAUACUUGCCCAGCUCAUCUUAGCCCUGUGCACCGCAUCCGCGCAAAUCAUCUCCGAUGACUCCAUCGUAUACACGACGCUCGCGGGCUGGCGCGACAUGCGCGCUUGCGCGCAGUGUCCAUUCAGGGGAAACGCUCACGACUGCCAUGGCGAAUUGGUGGACGUCGUAGUGGGAUGCCAGACGAACGCGUGCUUGUGUCGACCGAGCACGCUGGAGCAAGCCGUCGACUCCAUCGAUGAGCAAGUCCUUAGUUUGUGCUCCAAUUAUGAAGACCAGCGCACCGCGACGGAUUUCUUGUUGAGGUACUGCUCUGACCAUGGGUAUACGUCUGUGGCAACGGCGUCUGUUUCGCCAACAGGUGCGUGUCUUACCGCUGCCGCUGCCGCUGCUGCCACUGUCACUGUUACCGAGAUUGUUACGACGACGCAGACGGUUGUUCGGUCUGUUCGGUCUGAGACAUCGUCGCAUGAGACUCAGACAACGGCACAAAGUUCAGAAAGCCAACCCCCUGUUACAUCAGAGCUCUCGUCUUCUCAAAUCACGUCUACUCACAUCUCGCCUUCUCAGACGACAGUUACCAUCUCUCCCACCAUCACGCCAGCGUCAUCCACAAUCUCAAGUACUGAGGGUGCUGGGCCGACAGAUACGGCUAGUUCCGCGAAAGACUCAAGUGACGAUAAGCUGAAGACGACUGAUCUGAUCGGUAUCAUUGUUGGGAUACUCAGUCUGUUGAUCGCGAUAUUGACACUGUGCGUCUCCUGGAAGACGGGUCGUCCGAAACGGUUCUGGGAGGGAGUCGCCAGCCGGCGCCAUACCGUGCGUACUUAUGCAGCAUGA